CCUUGCUGCCUGGACACCAGCACGAAGCGUAAACGAAAGAAAGAGUUUUGUGUUACAUUUCCCCAGCUCGGUUGGAUUUUUAAAUUAAAGGCUGGCCGAUUGCAUCAACCCUGGGUUUAUUGUUUUGUUGGUGGGCGGAGGGCAGUGCAGUUAGUAUAUCGGAUUUGAGCGGGUUUAUAUUCACCCAGAGAGAGAGGGAAGAGACCCUUACUUCAAACGGAGAUGUCUUCCACAGGGGAAGUUGGUGGAAAAAUGCAGCGUUCAAAAGGUUUGUCAGGAAACGAUAGGAUCAGUAUGUUCCAUCGCGUGCUGGAGAGGAGAAUGAAUGCAAAUCUUAAAGAGGAAACGAAAUCACUACUGCACAGACUAUUCUUUCUGGCUAAAACUUCCCCCGAGCUGGUUAACAAAAGAGACCUGGGAGGUUACUAUGAAAACUUGUUCCAGAAACUCCAACGCUCUGGAGAAGGAAUCACAGGUCUCCUAUUGCUGUAUUCUAGUCAUAUUAUUCAUGUGAUAGAGUCUUCCAGUGAUGUGUUAUAUUCAGUGAUCGGGGAUCUAAAAGAUAUGCAGCAACAACAAGAAAGAGCUUUACUUUUGGAACCCAAAAUUCUGUUGAUAUCUCAUAACAUUCCACGCAGACUCUUCCAGCAAUGGGAAUAUAAUGUCCUGAAUAUCACUGCAAAACGUCUGGAUGAUACUUUACAGGGGGAACCAAUUGAAAAGAUCAUCAGUGAAUGCCUAACUUUGCUUAUUAAGCUGGGAAUGCACAUGCAAAAAACAUAUAAGGAAUUCCCCAAUAAGCCAAUCAGUUCUGUGCUGGACAAUGUGCCCGAACUGAUUGUCCCCCAGGAGCUGAUUCAACGUCUCCUGAAAUCAAAUGAACUUUUAACUCCUCACCAAUUCUUGGACAUUUACAAUGCUCCCUUAAGUGUGAUUAUAGAUUCAGAACUUGUAUGGCCCAAGCCGGAACGUUUACUGCCAGAGAGCAGAAAAUGAAAGUUAAACAUGUUUGGUUUGGAUAUACACUGCAGUUUCAUCAGUGAUGGAUGUGGUGCGGUUUUGUUCAGAAAGUGCAUGGUUUAGCAAGAACUGUUAAUGUAAGAAACUAGAACGUGGAUCACACUUCAAAACAAUAAAUGAAUGCUGCUGUCAA